ACACUAGCGGUCAGUAAGUAUUUACACUCAGGGGUAGCAAGACCAUGGGAAGCUUACUUUACCCGCCGGCUAGGAAAAUGGUUAAAUUAGUAAAUAUUUUUCUGUUAGUGACAAUUUUGUGUAACAGUGCAAUUGUGUCUAGUGACUUAGUUGAUCAAAACCCGAAAGUCACACUACCUCAUGGCGGUGUACUUGUUGGAAGUUAUAUGAAGUCUGCCAAUGGGAGUCCUUUCAAGGUCUUCCGAGGAGUACCUUAUGCGCAGCCACCUGUUGGGGAGUUGAGAUUCAAGUCGCCUGUACCAGCUAAACCAUGGACUGGUGAAAAAGCUGCCGAUAAGGACCCAAAUAUGUGCCCACUUCAAAACUCUUACGAGAGAAACUUCGAAACGGUCGGCGAUGAAGACUGCCUUUAUCUUAACAUUUAUGUGGCGGAGGUGAAGACAAACCAGAAACCUCUUUCUGUUAUGGUUUGGUUCCACGGUGGUGGCUGGAUGACAGGAAACGGAAAUUCAGCUUUAUAUGGACCCCAACGAUUAUUAGAUCAUGAUAUCAUUUUGGUAACUGGAAACUACCGUCUUGGGGCGUUGGGAUUCCUUAGCACUGGAACCGAAGACUGUCCUGGAAAUUUCGGAAUGAAAGACCAGACGAUGAUGCUAAGAUGGGUGAAAAAAAAUAUCGAAGCGUUUGGUGGAAAUCCAAACGAUGUAACUAUUUUUGGAGAAAGUGCUGGUGGGGGAAGUGUUGGAUAUCAUAUAUUUUCGCCACUGUCCAAAGGACUUUUCCACAAGGCUAUUCUACAAUCUGGCACGAAUUUUAAUGAGUGGGCUUUCGGCGAAAAAGAGGUUGUACUUGAACGCACCAAGAAAGUUGGCGAGUUACUUGGUUGUCCAGCAACUGAUGGAAAUUGGAAGGUGUUCAUUGAGUGUCUGCGAACUAAGUCAGCGAAGGACAUAGCAUCUAUUGUUAAGCAGCACUUUAAAUAUGAUAUCGACCCGGCCGUCGUAUAUCCAAUUGUGGCUGAGCCUGAUAUAGAAGGGGCGUUUAUAACGAAAUCCCCUGCUGAUAUUGACAUUGCUCCAAGUGCCGAAGUCCCUAUUAUCAUCGGUAUAACAAGUGAAGAAGGAGCUAUGAAAUCCCCAAGUUUGAUCAACCUCAUGUACGAUGACUUCAUUUCGCAUUUCGACGAAGCUCUUCCAGUCCUCUUAUUCUAUGAUCAUAAACCUAAAGAUGUCCAAAAGGAACUAACAAAACGGAUCGAUGAAUUCUAUUUCAAGGGAAAGCGAAACUGGUCGAAAGCAGAUCAUCACAACUUGACUAAUCUCUUUACAGAUAAUUGGUUCAUUUGGGGCCAGGAUAAAUUUUUGCGGCAUAGAUUUGCGGCAGCUAAGAAAGGUAAAGUUGGUGCUACAUACGCAUACCUAUUCGAUCAUCGAGGGCCAAAAUCAAUGACAGAGGAUUUCCAUGGGUUGGAGGAAUAUUAUGGAGUUUGUCACACGGACGAGCUGCUUUACUUGUUCUUUUAUAAAGUACUUGACAUAGACGGCGGAGCUAAUGACAGAAAAAUGAAGUGGGCGAUGCCCCUUAUGUGGACAAGUUUUGCUAAAACUGGAAAUCCCACUCCUGAUGAUUCGGAAAUAACGGAAUGGGUGCCUGCCGACAGAUUCCCUUUGAAAUAUGCUCACAUUGGAAGGAAAACCAAAGAAGAUUGGACUAUUCUUACAAAUGAAGAAGGUCUAUAUGAAGACCGGGUACAGUUUUGGAGAAGUCUUGAAAAAUAUUAUUAACAGUAUAUGAUCUAUGACUUGAAAUAAAUUAUAUCUUUUAAAGUUUA